ACCCAAGGGAAGAAAAUCCACAGUUGAAACAUAUUUUGGCAGAUACACAAAACCAUCACACUACCGGCCAAAGUUCAGUAAGUCAACAAGAUCGCUCGAAUGAUGAGCAUCCCUCAGAAAAAUUUAACAUCUUGGACGAUCCCGAUGCUGACAUCUUCAACUAUCUUAACAUCCCCGACGAUGUUGUAGUUAAUAUCGAGGAUAUUAACAUCGACAACUCUAAUGGUAAUAUCUUCGAAUGUUAG